UCAACUCCCACCUUCUACGAACCAGCUGCCAGGUGAUCAGAUCAUGCCAUAAAAUCAGCCGACCUUGAAUGCUCAGUGACACUUCAGUGUACACAACCAAUUCCAUUCCAUCUUCAACUACUGCUGCUGCAAUUUCUCAACCGUCUGCGCUCCUCUACAUUCCCUUGCUCUUCAGGAUGUCUUUCCAGAUGAGCCCCGAUAACACCAUAUAUUGGUAUCGCUCGCUAUCCAUUACCUCGGUGUUUACUGACUAAGCAUGUCUCUUCUAUCACAAUUUAAUUGUUUCUUCGAGGCCUCUAAACAUCACCAAUGGCGUUCAACCGUGGACAUUGAAUUUAAUGUUCUUGUCAAAAAUGGUACAUGGGAUCCUGUACCUCCUAAGCCUAGUUAUAAUCUAGUAGGCAACAAACGGGUGUUUCACAUAAAGAGACAUGCAUAUGGUCGUGUUGAGCGUUUUAAAGCAUGACUGGUGGCUAAGGGAUAUCAUCAGCAACAUGGUGUGGACUACACAUAAACCUUGAGUCGGUUAAGACAAGAACUAUACAUUUAUUACUAUCUUUAGCCAUCACAUGACAAUGAAGAAGUGUUUACAUGCAGAUUGACAUCCAAAAUACCUUUCUACAUAGUCUCUUACAAGAGGAAGUUUACAUGCAACAGCCCUAAGGAUACUUUUCCAAUCAUAUCUGCCGAUUGAAGAAGAGCUUAUAUGGCCCUGAAAUAGGCUCCUAGAGCCUGAUUUUCUAGGCUGAUAGACAUUUUACAGCAGAUGGGCUUUGUUGGUUCAGAGGCAGAUUUCUUCUUAUUCACUCUUUACACUGCUAUUUUCUCUAAUUUCAUCCUCAUAUAUGUUGAUGAUAUAAUCAUCUCCGGGACUAACUCUAUUGAAAUUGAUAAGUUUAUUCAGCAACUUGGUGCGACUAACUCCAUUGAAAUUGAUAAGUCUAUUCAACAACUUGGUGCUGUCUUUCUAGUUAAGGAUUUAGGAACUCUAUCCUAUUUUCUUGGUGUAGAAGCCUUGGUUGAUGGACAUGAUAUGUUUUUGACGCAAAGAAAAUAUGUAGCUGACCUGUUACAAUAGGUUCACCUACAUGAAGCCAGGCCUUGUUCAACUCCCAUGAGUACCACUUGUAUUCUAUCUAAGUUUGACAGCUCUGACUUUCAGAUCCUCAACUCUAUCGAUCGCAGCACUAUUGGUGCAUUACAUUACUAAUGAUUCACUCGUCCAGAUAUUGCUUUCGUGGUUCACCGUGUUAGCAAAUUCGUGCAUCAACCCAAGGACAAUCAUUGUCAAGCUGUCAAAUACAUCCUUUGAUACUUAAAAUCCACAGUGAGCUAUGUCGUUCAUUUUAUAAGCACCUCAGAUCACUCUUUUCGGGGGUUCAGUGAUGCUGAUUGGGCUGGUGACAGAGAUGAUAAACGUAGUGUUGGGGGCUAUUGUAUUUUUCAUGGAACCAAUCUAACCAGUUGGAGCUGCAAACAGCAACAAACUGUUGCUUAUAGCAGUACUGAAUCAAAGUAUAAAUGCCUCUCAAAUACAGCGGCUGAAAUACGUUGUCUCCAAUCCAUUCUCCACGAUCUGCAGCUUCCCUUAGUAACCAGUCCAAAACUAUGGUGUGAUAAUAUUGGAGCUACUUACUUGUUCUUUAAUCCAAUUUCCAUGCCAGAACUAAUUAAACAUAGUGAAAUUGAUUCUCACUAUGUUAGGGAUCAAGUUUUAGUAAAACAACUUCAGGUCUCCUUUCUAUCUUCUAGGGAUUAGUUUGCAGAUUUAUUAAAUAAGCCAUUUGUUUUCAGCUACUGCAGGAAAACCUUCAUGUUCAAGACCUACCCAUUCGAUUGAGGGGGCGUGUUGGAGAUUGAAUUCAAAAAUGAAAUUUCUUGCUGAUAUUUCGGGAUAACUAAUUUGGUUGUUAACAUUGUGAUGUUAUCCUUUAGUUUUAAAAUAGCUAACGUAGAGGAGAAGGUUAACGAUAAUCUAUCUGUAAAGCCUUAUACACUGUAUUCUUUUAAGAUUGCAGAUUAAUAUACAACUCUAUCUCAUGUGAAACUCUUUUCCUUGUGCUUUCCUACACUUUCAAAGAUGCUAUUUUUGUCGUGGUUCAUUUAAAAUUGAAAAGCUUGAAAUGACUAUGGAUCACUUGUGAUGAGAUCCCAAUGGAGCUAAGUGAAUUGGCAAGCUAAGAUUCUUAGCCAGCCAUGGCUUUAUAUGGUCAUGUUGACAUAAAGAAUGUCUUAAGCUUUGAUCAUAUUAAAAUAUUAGACUUGCAUAUAAGGUUGGAGAAACAAUCGUGGACUUUACCGGCGAUUAAGAGAUGGGUUUUCUCUCUAUUAGGAGUAACAAUCAGCAUGUCUGAUGGGCUGUGGUUAGUGUUGAUCCUUUCAGUACAUUAUGAUAUGGUCGGUAUGCAUGGUUCUGCUAGAUUCUUUGGUGUCUGGCAAAAACGACAAGUUUCUCGGAAAAAUGGAUGGUUAGGGAUAUACCUUAAGAUUCUCAGUUAUCUUGAUCAAUCCAUGUUGACCAUCCUAUCCUAAAAUAGCAGUAGUACCUAAAUUUAAGGCAUGAAUUUCCAUGCCUGUUUUUUUCGAGGUAUGAAUUUAAGGUACCCUCUCCUUUGUCAUUGUUGAUACUGGUAGAAAAUGCUGCAUAGCUUCAAUCAUUAAAAUCGGAAUCGGUGUAGUCAUACACCCGAUAGAAGUUCACUCGGCGUUAACUCGGUGUAUGCAACAAUGGAAACACUUCGUGGACCUCAGCUUACAAUGAACGAUGGUGCUACACUGGUGACAGAGGUGGUAUCGGAUGAUGAUUCGCAUCUUUGCCUCUAUAUAUUAUUGCAGGACAUGAUUAAAAUUGGUGACAUGGUUGUUGGGUUUGACAUCGAGUGGGGCUUCAAAGGGACUUCUGCUAGCAGAUCAGGAAGCACUUCUAGCAGAAACACCGAGAAUCAUUCUCAGUCUGACAAGUCAGAGCACCUUCCUAGGAGAGUAGAACAUCACAUUGCUGUGUUGACUUUCUGCACAAAACUUGGCUGCGUCCUAAUAAGGCUCUCUCCUAAUCAUAUCUCGCCAUCUCUAAAACGCUUUCUCUCGAUUAAGGACAUUAUGUUUGUAGGAGUUCAUAUCAAGGAAGAUCUUCAAAGGCUAAGAUGUGUUGACGGUCUGGUGGUUCGGAAUGCGGUGGAGUUGAGUGAACUGGCUGCUAAAAUAUAUGACCAACCUCGAUUCACUGCUUAUAGUGCAAGGGAAUUGGCUUACAGAAUAGCUUCACUAAAAGCUGACUCAAAACCUCUCAAUGUUUUAUGGUCAAAUUGGUUUGAUCAUACUCUUUGCCCUGAACAGAUUGAGUCUGCAACCAUUGAUGCUUAUGCAACGUACAAGAUUGGCAAAAAGCUUAUGGAAAGCGGCAGUAGCAGUGUCAAGAGGCUGUUCUCAUAAUCUCUACACUUAUGUCCAACUUCAGCCUUGAGGAAUUGUCGUGUCUGUCUAUUCAAUAAUGCAUGUCAGAUUGAAAAAUGAUUGUGUUCUGUCGUUGUCGUUGUCGUCCUCUGAGUUCAUUGUUAGCCGAUGGUGUUCCUGGUAUUUCAGAGCCUUGCAUUUCUUUUGUAUUUCACCAUUUAGACCAAUGUAGUACUCUAUUAUUAUUGUUAUUAUUAUAAAUUAACUUUAAAUUA